AUGGCUGUCGCGGUAUUCUUCCUUGACCCCCUGCUCUCUAUGUACCUAAAUCGAUUUUAUCGUGGCGAUAUUAUGACGAACAUCGAUUCAAAUUCUUCGAGAGAUGCGAAUUAUCGCUCUGGUCCCCCCUCCAUUCCAGAGACAAAGAUUCCGCUGCUAAAAGAGUCUGUAACUGAACAGAUACGCUCCUCUCCACAGAGUACGCCACUCAGCAAUCGUGCCGCAACUGUGAAUCCCACAGCCAACGCGGAUCAUCUUGCGGCAGAUUUUGAACGGUACAUCCUGGAAGAUCUCAGAAACCGAGUUUUCAUGUCCUCCGACCAUUUUUUGAACAAUAUUCUCCAUCUUCCUCGCGACUGGCAAACCAACGACAAGAUAAAAUCCCAAAUCGAGGCACUCAAAAAUGAUGCUGCAUUCAAGAAUGAUAUCAACGCCUACGAUGAAUUAUGCAAUGAGCGCAAUCCUGGGGAGAAGAACUUCUACCAUCCCCACAGCCUGAUGUUCAAUAACGCAUUCGACGCUCUCGGUGCCACUGAAGAGUCUAGACUCGGCAUUUAUCGACAAGAUGCGAAGCCGGUUGAUGGCGGUUUAGAAAAGAACAUCCCCGAUACGUUGGGUGUUCUUCGCGCGAUGUUCAACAGUUCCGGAAACGUGGUUGACAACAUGAAGGACAAAGGCCCAGAGUACAACUUUUCGUGGGCGCAAAGAAUGCUCCACGCAGUUGCAAAUGAUUUAUGUAAACGGCAGAUUAUUUGUCAAGGAAGAACAAGGAAAUAA